CAGCAGCAGCACGGCAGUCGUGUUGGCUGGGGAAAAGCAGGAUAAUUCAGAACACAGGUAUCUGCACAAAACGAGGCUCGGUGCGUCGUCUUCACGGGACUGCGAGAGGGGACAGCGGUCUGAUCACGACACGGCCACAAUGUCGUCAGAAAACACGGAUUCGGACACCCAGGUGGACUGCGAGGACGAAAAACAGGACUCUCAGGAGAAGAAUGUGAACGCCAUGAAGGCUGAGGAGGCCAAGCUAAAAGCCAAGUACCCCCAGAAGCCUGGAGGGUCAGACUUUCUCAUGAAGAGGCUACAGAAAGGGCAAAAGUACUUCGACUCGGGCGACUACAACAUGGCCAAAGCCAAGAUGAAGAACAAGCCCCUCCCAGUGGCCGGUCCAGACAAAAACCUCGUAACGGGCGACCACAUCCCCACGCCACAGGACCUGCCCCAGAGGAAAUCUUCGUUGGUCACCAGUAAAUUAGCAGGGUAGCCAUUUUGUCCCCCACUACCCCCGUACCAGGCUCUUACUUGCAGCCUCCACGCUCCCUCCCCUACCGGCUUUCACAUAUCGGGCAGAGUUGUAUAAGUUCCAUUGGCUUGUGUGUGGGCGGGGCAUGGAGGGCUGCUGUGCUUGGGUUCGCCUCGCUCAUGUCUUGGUUUGUUCAGUGUUCCCAAGAUGCAUCACUCACUCGUGUGUGUGUGUGUGUCAUCAGGCAGUGGGCAGGAGUGAUGAGUUAAUGCACUUUGUAUUCUGUAUAGUAACGUUCAUAUAACUGACACCAAAAUGAUCCACACGGGAGAUAGGAACCGUGAUUGUGCUUCUUUUUUAUGCUUUUUUUUUUUUUUUUUUUUUUUUUUUGAGGUGAUAUGUUAAAAAAAUAAGGUAUGUAUGUGAAAAAUGACUACUUGCACAUCAUCAUGAAUACAGGCCUCUUUGUGACCCUUUACUUAGUUUCCUCCAAACAAAAGCUUCACGAGACCCUGUUUGCACAACAAAAGUUUGAAACAAGCAGCAAAUUCUAUUCCAGAUCUAAAGACUAGCCUCUGCAUUGGGUUAUGGAGAGAUCUACCAGAUUGGUGUCUCAUCAGGUGGUGGUUUUAGUUUUAAAUUCUUCAUAUCCAUGUUAUUAAAUGACCAUUAUCUCACCAAAAUAUGUUUAUUUUCACUGAUUCUCCGCAUCCAUGGUAGGGCUACACAGUUUGGGGAAAAUAUCUGAUUGCGUUGAUUCUGAAAAGCAUCGAGAUUGCAAUAAAAUUUGCAAAUUAUGUUUUAGAGGAAAUUGACAAAAAGUCUGAAAUAUGAACUGACUCACGAAAACAAGAAUCGCAUUUCAGGAAAUGUUUGCACAGAUCUAAACUACAGGGUUAGCAGUUUUUAUACAGAAUAGGACAGGAUAUUUAGUUGUAUUUGGUAAAGUGUGGUGCUUAAUUGCGUCUGUUCAAAUUGCAGUUUUGAUUCAUUUGCAGCCCUACAGUGACUGCCUGAAGGACAGAGAUUUUAGUACCAUGCACAAGUUAUAGUUAGCCUCUGACAAUAUCAAUAUCCAGUAUCUUAAGACAUGAUAAACAAGCAUUUGGAGAUGAACACAUAUUACUUAAGGCUGGUCUUAUUUUUCACAGACUUCUGACUUCUUAUGAUCUCAUUUUAUGGAUGUUUCACGCUUUUAUAUAUCCAUGUUUAAACAGAAUUGUCUCAUGACUGUCACAAGACCUGAGAUACUUCAUAUAUGUAGUUAUUUUCCAUUCUAGAAAAAGCUUAUGUAAUAUAUACCAUUUGUGGUGCUUUAUGUUAAUUCAUUCAGCAUUAUUUUUCUUAUGCUGGAUUAUUAUUACUUUCACUUCUCCAUUUCUCUAGAUUUGGGGUAGAAACAUCCAAAUCCUCUGUGACUCCUUCAGGCUGUGGCAGAUCUCUGCUCACACAGUUCUGUUGGCAUGUGUCCUCACCUGCUGCAGAGUCAACAUUAGCAGAGGGUUGUAAAUGACAGUACUACUGCAUUAGCCUGACAUGGUUCCUCUCAGGAUUCUCUCUGCUACUUUUGUUGUGUAAAUUUGAAUUCUUGCAUGAUGGCAUUAGUUUCACUUCAUCCUCAUUACGAAAACAAACUUGUCUAUAAACCAGGCUGUAGUGGAAAGAAACUAAGUAAAAGUAGAAAAGUAUUGUACUAAAGUAUACAUUUUAGGUAUCUGUACUUUACUUUAAGUAAAAGUAAAUGGAUACUUUUUACUUUUACUUCACUACAUUUGAGAGCAGGUAUUUGUACUUUCUAAUCCACUACAUUUUUGAACUGGACUAAAAAGUAAAAGCAUUUUUAUGAUGAUCUACUGAAAGUCCUGAGAGUUUAUUUUUAACACAAUUGAGCAAACAAAAAUCUACAAAUAAAAACGGCUAGGAAAAGCUAUCAAUGCAGUUGUUUCUGUUGAAUAAAAUUCUGCAUAAAAUGUAUAAACACACUUGCCUGGAAAAAUCCAGACUCAUUGCUGUACCAGCAGCUGAUACGGAUCUGUAUAACAAAUGCAGAGAGACAUACUUCUGGAUUUCCAGGCAAUAAAAACACUGCAUUUAAAGCCUUUAUAAGAUCUCAAAAUCUUUGUUGUCUAAAUCUGCUUUUACUUUUUAUUCUUUCUUUAAUACUUUUACUUUUAGUAGAUUUUUUCAGUGCAAUACUUUUACUUUUACUUGAGUAUAUUUUUGCUCCUGUAUCUGUAUUUUUACUUCACAAAAUUGACUACUUGCUCCACCACUGAAAUCAGGACACUUACCUAUUUAAAUUCUGCUGUUCUGUCAGUCCACAUACUUUUAAUCAUAUACGUAUAAUCAUGUGUGGCCCAGAGCCCGGUCAGUACAUUUAUGGAUGUCGGUGGGUUGCCAGCUCCUUUUUCCGCUGUUGCAUAAAUAGCCAAUUAGAGGCCUACAGGAUUAGUGGGAAGAUUAGACACAAACUGCAUAGAUUUCAUGCCUUAGUAAAUUAAACUCAGCUUUGUGCAGAAUUUAUUAUGACACUGGUCAAUACAGAAAGAGGAAGUUUUACAGGCAACACUGGUAACUAAAUUAACUUGAAAUUAAUUAUUUUUAAAAGCCUGAAUAAGAUCGCAGUGACCAAAAUGCAGCUGUUUUUGCCUACUUCUAGUUUUCCUAUAUACUUAACUAAAUUGUGUUUAGAUGGGGCUGAAAGAGUUACUAUUAUCAGAUUUUAAGUACAAUUUGAAUUGUCGCAAUGUGCAAAUAGUUGUUUAGGUAUUACCAUGUAGGAUUAAUAAUAUAAUAAGAGUACAAAGGUUGGCUAAAAUUUUUUGAUAAGAUAUUUAAUUUUGACCGACCUGUUGCAUAAAGAAUACACAUAAUGCUUUAUUUGAACACUGCACAAAAAGUGACUGCAAUAUCUGUCUUAAAAUAUUUGCAAUAACCAGCUCUGCAUGAUCCUGACUUUUUUAUUGAACUAUUUUGUAUUGCUCUUGUACAAUAUUGAUUGAUCUCCAGAACACAUGUAAUUGCGAUAUUCACACACAUGUUUUGAAAUGUUUAGGGCUUUUUCUUCAAAUUAUGUUAAAAUUCGAUGAUGUUAUUCAAAUUUACUACAAAAUUAUCACGUUUUCUGCUAUUAUUUCAUUGCAGUGUUCAAAUAAAGCUUAAUGUGUAUUCUUUUGCAUGUGCUAAAAAGAGCAAAUAAUCUCUAAUCUUUUAUCACAAAUUUAACUGCAAUAUUUGUCCCACCCAAAGACUUUUCCAACAUCUCUCAGCCUCACAUUAGCUCCCCUCACCCUGCUCUCUGUGUAUCCCUGUUCUGAAACUCUACACAUCAGGUCAGAGGGUUGCGCUGGGCCAAACAGACUCACACAGGUGCUGUCAACCCGCUCCCUGCUUCACCCUCUGGGCCAGAAGUGGGACACCGCAUGCCUGCAGGGUGUGCUAACUCCACCGCCUGGCACAGAACAUUUGGUAACACAUGCUGAGGGGGCAGGGAUGACAGUAAGCCCAGGCUGUUUUCCACUGCUCAACUCGAAAGAUUAAACUGGGAGUGGAAAUCUGCAGUGUGUUUUUUAGAAAAUCUGUGUCCUUAAAGAGCCUAUAUUGCUGUUACAAUGUUGUUUCCUCAUCACAAACUUACCCAGAGUUGUGUUUUGUUUCAUUCAUUAAACACACAAACUCUUCUCCCAAACUGAAAACACUCAGUUCCACCUUGUGAUGUCAUGUGGUAAUACAAGGAGGACUCCACUGUGAUUUUAAACUCCACAGACCUUCACUAGAACCAUUUGGAUCAUUUCAGCCCUGAAAUUUCUAAACUCUACUAAACAAAAGAUUAAAACUUCAUGACAUCACAAGGUGGAUCAGAGCAUUUUGGGCUUUGGAGAUGUAGACAAACUAAUGAUAAAGUUACUCAAACGUGUGAAUGAAACAAAGCACAGCUCCAGGUCUGUUUUUGGGAAGUUAACAACAUUAUAACAUGAUGUAAAGCUCACAAGAGUAAGGUUUGAGUAAUAUAGAUGUUUGAGCAUGUUUUUAAAAGUUGUUAUGCUGCUAAGGGAAGUCAAAAUCUCAUGUGUGGUUUGUUUUCAUGAAGAGGUAUUGCAUGGUGUAGGGUCAGUAAGCCAAAGUUUAUAAUGAGUGUCAGAGGCUUGGAUUUCAUUGCAGUUUAGUGAUGGUGCAAAUGAUAACAGCUUCCAUAUUUAGGUCUGUCACUACAAUAAAUUUUGAUCUGUGAUAUGUUGCCGAAGUAACUAUAGCCAAUAAUAGAUAAUAUUGCAACUAAUUUAUGCCACUGACACAUAAGGAUGUAACGUAUCGUAAAAAAUCUCACAAUAAUAUCGUGGACCAUUACAAUUUAUAGAAUUGCAAGUCUCAUUGCUUAAAUUCGUUGCUGUUAUGGUGCAGCAAUAGCUAAAAAAUAGAGAACAGGAACUACAUAAACCAUGAUCCUUUGCUCUGUUAAGUGCAGGCUACAUGAAGAAAUAACUGUUAGUAGGCACUUUUAAACCUUAAUUAUUUUUAUUAUAACAGCACUAAAGGCUUUUCAAGGCAUUUUAAAACGAAAAAAGUUAGUUAAAGUGAACGUAUUGUAUUGAGAGAUUUGGAUAUCGUUACAUCAUUAUUGACACAACAGACCUAAGGGCAGAUUUAAACCGCAAAAACUAUUCUAAAUCUGCCAUAUUGUUAAAAAAUAAUGAUCUGCAAUAAAUAAAUAGCACUAUAGUAAUUCGUUUGUAUCUUUAAUGAUUCGUGAAAGACCUUUUUACAGCUGCAAUCUUAUCAUAUAGCCUAAAAAUAACCAAAACUUCCCAAUAGUGCAAACAAAAUGUACACACAAUAAAUAUUAGGAGUCCAAAAAGAUAUAGUUCCAACUUUCAUAUACUGAACGAUAAGCCAAUAUAGUAUUUAUCAUGACAGGCCCAUCCAUAAAGCAAAUGUAAAUUUGAAGGAAAUAAAGAGAUAUUAAUGAUACUGUUGUAUAUUAUCAGAUAACAGUUGGGAUGAUGUGUUGAGUAUUCGUGAGUAAGGAAAAAGGAUUUCUUCCUCAUUUGGACGGUUUGGCAUGGAGCCAAUUCUCCAUUGUUAUAGCAAUAACACAAUUCAAAUCAAAAUGUUAUUUCUUUUGAAUGGGGAAAGGACCUCACAAAAUCUUUCAAAUCAGGAAGGAAUCAUUUGUCCGAACACAGGAAUCGUCAGACUUUUCAAAACCCUUAUCAAAAAUGUUGGAUUCAGUGAUAUGUACAAGGGGAGGGGCUGGGCAAUAAGGCAAAAAGACCAAUAAUUUAAUAAGAACAGGAUUUUUUUUAAACUGUUAUAAAUAAGAAAUUGUAUUAUAUUGUAAACAACUGCCAUUAACACAAAAUAAUCGUCACAUUUGUUGUUCCUGAAUCUGAGCUUCUUUUAAAGUCACACAUUUACCACCAUAGGCUCAUUUAACUGACAUUUUGAUUAACUGCAGAGAAAAAAAGCAGUACAUUUAAAGUGUUGAUCAAUGGUAAUACAUUAAAAACAGCUAUUUAAAAAUACAAGAUCUGUUAUUCAGACCAACAGGCCCUGGGCUAUCCUAGCUCUCGCAUUUGCGUCACUGCUGUGUUAUUUAUGCAACUGACAGUAACCUCUUUGACAACAACUUUACAUACAUUUAAAGAUACUGACCCAACCUGAAGUUAUGGUAUACACACAACCUUAUACUUAUGUAUCACUUCACUGAGGCUUUAAAUGUGUCAAAGUUGUAUGAAUGAAUGUUUUUGAAUGCCAUUGUAAAUAGAACAGCUAUGAUUGAUUUAACCUUUUUCACUUUUCUUUGCCUUUUCAUAUCAACGGUUCCGAUAUAUGUCAUUUUGGUCUCUGUAAUACUGUAUACCAGACGCUCUGUAUCAUAUGAAAAUAUGUAUAAAUGCUGCUGAUUGAGACGAAACUCUGGAAAAAAUGCACCUUUUUUCAAUCCAAGUUUAUCUGUCAUGGCUCCUGCAGUUAGUUCAAAUAUCUCCUAUUGGAUUUGACAGAAAUGUAUAUUGUUGCAAUGUUGUGUUUGAUAAUCUGUUGUUUUUGUUUAAUAGCGAAUGCCAAGGCAGACAAGUUAGAUUCAUUUUGUAAUCUGCCUCUUAUAAUAUAAAGUAGGUUUUCAGAAUGGUGGGUUGAACUUUGGUGGCUACAGUUGGUCCUCGGUACUUGAUGUCUGCCUUAGAGAAGAUGCACAAGAGGGUAUAAAGCAGGGUUUGGUUGGUACCCUGAAAACAGGGUCUCUGAUUUGUAUGAAAACAUGCCAGAAUGUAUUGAGCUCUGAAGUUCUUCUGUGCUGCUUUUCUCUUUUUAUCUGUUCUGUUGAUUUGCAAAAAUGUUUGUUUUGUUUUUUCCUCUUAUGUUGACUUCAUGGAAUAAUUGGUAUAUUUCAUCCUGGCCCAGAAAAACAGUGGGAAGCUGAACCAGUGCUUCCCAGUGAAAAUGGGUUUACAUUCUAAACUGACUGGAGACCCCAGGAUUGAUUUUUAAGACUCCAGAAAGUACAUACUUGGAAUGUCCAGCUUUGUGGGAUUUGGUGAGAGGAAUUUUGUCAGUAUUUGACAUUUGAAAAUAAACUUUUACAUUAAUAA